AUGAAUUCACCUGUUUGUGUUUUACCUGUAUCAACUGUACCAUCUACAUCGAAUGUUGAAGUAUCUGUUUCAGUUAUAUCUUCAAAGACGUCUAAACGUGACACAGAAGUAAUAACUAAUAACUUAAAAUCACAAAAAUAUCCUGCUGAUUCAAAGCGUGCUAAAGAAAUUACUGAAUCACUGAUACAAAUGUUAGUGGAGGAUGUUCGUCCAUUCUCAAUGGUAGAAGAUAUCGGAUUUAUUAAAUUUGUGAAUUCAUUAAAUAAAAGAUAUAAGUUACCAAAUAGAAAGAUUUUAAGCACUACAUUAUUAACGUCAUAUGCUCAAAAUUUACGAGAUAGUAUAGUUGAAAUGGCAGAAAUUUGGGAUAUAUCAACGAAAAUUAAAGUUAUUGUAAGUGACAAUGGUAGUAACAUUGUUAGCGCAAUAAAUAUGUCACCAUGGCAUCAAAUUUCAUGUUUUGCUCAUACUUUAAAUCUCGUUGCUCAAAGUGCAUUGAAGAAUACUGAGUCAAUUGUUAAUGUUCUUCAAAAAUGCAGAAAUAUUGUUAUUGUAUUUAAAAAUAGUAACACUACAACAGAAUUAUUACGAAAAGCCACAAAAAGAUGUAUGAUUGCGUAUGAAGAAUGGGAAAUGAUUAUUGGUAUAGUAAAUGUACUAAAACCAUUAUACCUAGCAACUAAAGAAAUGUCUGGUGAACAUUAUGUAACCAAAUCAAAAGUUAUACCUAUUCUUGGAUGCAUUGAUUCUGCCUUAAAAGCUUUUAAUUUAUCGAAUGAUGUUGAAUUACUCCGAUCUAAUUUGUUAUGUGAACUUGAUAAAAGAUUUGGAAAUAUUGAAACAAAUUCUAUUUACGCUAUUGCAACAUUGUUGGAUCCUCGUUUCAAAAACGUUGUGUUUAAAUCCAAAGUAUGCAUUAAAAUGGCAAAAACUAAAUUAUUAUGUGAAUGUGAGAAUCCAUAUGUUGAAAGUAAUAAUUCUGAAGAAAAUACCGAGUUAAUAGAAUUGAAUAAUGAAAUUUCGAACAGUGAUACAGAUACUUUAUGGGCAACAUUUGAUCAAACAAUUGAAGAGACAGGCACCGAUAGUAUUUCUUCUUCGGCAAAACGAGAAUUACAAAGGUACUUACAUUCCAAAGUAAUUCAUAGAAAAUAUAAUCCACUUACAUGGUGGACGACAGAGGGAAGGAGAAAUUAUCCAAACCUGGAACAAGUUGCAUUACAAUACCUAUGUAUACCAGCAACGUCGGUUCCCAGUGAAAGAGUUUUCUCAAAAGCUGGACAAAUUCUUUCCGAUAGAAGGACGCGGUUGCAGCCAAAGCAUGUGAAUAUGCUCACUGUUUUGAGUGCCAAUAAAGAUUAA